AAUUCUAAACGAUGAGAGCCAGUCACCCAUCGAUCUAUCGUAUCGUAGUUCACGACAGACGAAUGAGGCCAUCUUUUUUUUUACAUGAUCAAAGAACAUUACGUUUUGGAAGAAACGAUCGUGCCAUGUGAGCUGAAAGAUGAGCUGAUCGAGCUGCCGCCAGAUUGACAACACGCCGGCGCUCCUCAUAGAGACAAGGCUCAGCAGAGGUUGCAUCGUUGCAACAGCAGCCAGCCAGUCAGCCAUGGAGCUCGUAGGCGGCUUUGCCUCCAACACAUCGACGACCCCGCUCCUCUGCUGCUGCAUCGCCUUCUUCGUCUCGCUUAUUUUCUUGUUUCACCGCCGCGGCAAGUCAACUAAGAGCAAGAGCGCCCUCCCUCCUGGACCACCGGCGCUGGUGUUCCUGGCCAAAUUCUUGGCCCUGCGGCGAUCGAUCUUCGACCUGACCCCGCUGCUCCGGGACCUGCACGCGCGCCAUGGCCCCGUCAUCUCCGUCCACCUCUUCACCACGCUCGUCUUCGUCGCCGACCGCCGCCUCGCGCACCGCGUCCUCGUGCGGGACGGCGCCACCUUCGCCGACCGUCCGCCGCUCUCCGAGCCGGACCCGCUCUUCAGCGCCGGCGACAUCAACACCGCGUCCUACGGGCCCUACUGGCGCCUCGUCCGCCGCAACCUCGCCGCCGACGCGCUGCACCGCGCCCGCGUCGGCCUCUUCGCGCCCGCCAGGCGUUGGGCGUGCGAGGCGCUCGUCACAAGCCUGCUCACGCGCAGCCAAGAACGUGGUUCCUCCUUCGAGGAGGCGGAGCCCGUCACGGUGAGGCCGUUCCUGCGGCGCGCCAUGUUCGAGCUGCUCGUGUACAUGUGCUUCGGCGCUCGGCUCAGCCAGGGCACGGUCGACGAGAUCGAGGCGCUGGAGCGCCACGUGCUCGCUUCCUUCACCGCCUUUCCGGUAUUCGCCUUCUUCCCGCCGCUCACCAAGAGGAUCUUCCGCAAGCGGUGGGAGGCGCACGUGGCCGUGCGCCGGAGGCUGGACGAGCUGUUUGCCCCGCUGAUCCACGCCGCGCGCCGGCAUGGCGAGGACGGCCGCCCGCCGUGCUACGCCGAGUCCCUCCUCGCGCUGCGGGUGCCCGGCGAGGGCGGCCGGCCGCUCACGGACGCCGAGAUCGUCAGCCUCUGCUCCGAGUUCCUCAACGCCGGGACGGACACGACGGUGACCCUGGUGGAGUGGAUCAUGGCCGAGCUCGCGAACAAUCCCGGCGUCCAGGCCAAGGUGUACGAGGAGGUGACCAGAGUGAAGCCCGACGCCCUCGACGACUCGGCCGGCAACCUACAGUCGCUCCCGUACCUGAAAGCCGUCGUGCUCGAGGGCCUGCGGCUGCACCCGCCGGCCCACUUCCUCAUCCCUCACGGCGUGAGGAGCGACGGCGACGCGGCGGAGAUCGGCGGCUACACGGUGCCUGAAGGCGCGGAGGUGAACUUCUUGGUGGCGGAGAUCGGGCGCGACGAGGCGGUGUGGACUGCCGCGCGCGAGUUCCGGCCGGAGAGGUUCCUGGACGGCGGCGAGGGGUGCGACGUGGAUAUCACGGGGAGUAGGGAGAUCAAGAUGAUGCCCUUCGGUGCCGGCCGGAGGAUGUGCCCCGGGUACGCGCUGGGCAUGCACCACGCCGAGUACUUCGUGGGAAGCCUCGUGAGGGAGCUGGAGUGGCUGCCGGCGGCGGAGGGAGAGGCCGUCAACAUGGAAGAAACCGUGGAUUUCACCACCGUCAUGAAGCACCCGUUCCGAGCGCGCAUCGUACCGAGGAACAAAUCCUUGCUCACCUAGAACAAAAAAUCAGCAGGAGGCAAUCUGCGGCUAUAUUGGUAAUAUCGAUGGCUAUUAUCUCCCAGUCAUGUUAACUUGUUGCGGUGUGCUUCCAUCUUGUAGAUGAGAAUGAGAUGCAUUGGGCCAAACACACGUGUUGAUGAAACACAAACAACUACGGUUGUUCACUCUUGAUUAUGAGAAUACGUACUUGA